UUAUGAAUCGCGAUUCAUCGUCCGGGCGACAUAUUUAUACCUGUGUUCAUAUAAAACGUAUUGUUGUCACUAAUUGGUGCGUGUAGACCAUUCAUCACUUAUCGCCGAAGCUGUUGAAAAUAUCGGAUAACGCCAUGAAAUUGAUAAUUUUCCUAGUGUUGGCCAUCUGCUAUUAUGUCAGAGCUAGUGUAAUACCGGUGCACACCUUGCCCACAACGUAUGCAGUGACUGCUGGUACACCGGUGGUAACCGCACACAGUCAUCAAGUGGUUGCCCGCCAAUUUAACCGAGUCUAUGUACCGACUGUACCCACUGUGUCCACCGUUCCAACGGUUGCCUAUCCUGGAUAUUCUGCCACUUGGUCUACAUAUCCCUAUAUACAUCGUUAUGGUUACGGUUAUGGAUAUGGAUAUCCAUACAGCUACACUUAUCCUUAUUCGACGACUGUAUGGUAAAAUUUAUAGUGAAAUUGUAAACAUAUAAAACGAACAUGAAUAUAUUAAUAUGUAGACGAGAUUUUAUAGAAAAAUACAUUCACUUAUUAUAGACAAAAUAAAAUCGACUAUUUAACCAAAGAUACAGAA